AGCUCACACCUCCUCCUCCUCCUGCAGUCUCCUGGCUGCCUCAUCUGGAAUGGGCUCACUGGUUAGGGACGCUGCCGUGGCUCCAUCACUCAGGCCAGGUCUGAGAAGCAGCAUGUGAAUGGAGCCGGGGAGGGCUGCAGUUAUCGUUGAGGGCCAGAAGAGACGAGCUAUCGUUGCUCGGCCUGUCACCCUCACCAUCAUGGCUAAGGGAAAGAAGGCACCAGACAGCUCUGGGGACAAGCUGAUGAAGAAGCAUCCCGAGCCUGCCUUUACCAAGGUCCCAGUUCAGACUCAUCUAGAGCAGAAGCUCUCGGUGUGCAGUAAGCUGUGUUUCGCUAUCGGAGGGGCACCUAAUCAGGUGGCUGGGAGUGCUACUGCUUUCUUCCUGCAGAUAUAUCUGCUAGAUGUCGCCCAGAUAAACCCAUUCCAGGCCUCCAUGGUGCUGUUCAUCGGUAAGGCCUGGGGUGCGGUCAGCGACCCCAUUGUUGGAUUCUUUGUCACCAAAAGCAGAUGGACGAAAAUUGGCAGACUCAUGCCGUGGAUGGUGGGCUGCACUCCGUUUGUGGUGGUGUCCUACUUCUACUUGUGGUUUGUCCCUCCUUUCACUAAUGGGAGGUUCAUCUGGUAUCUAGGAUUCUACUGCCUGUACCAAACUCUCAUUACAUGUUUCCACGUGCCUUACUCAGCCCUGACCAUGUUCCUGAGCACAGACCAGCGUGAGAGAGACUCUGCAACAGCUUACCGUAUGACCAUGGAGGUUCUAGGCACUCUGAUCGGUGCAGCCAUCCAGGGCCAGAUUGUGGCGAGCGCUCACACUCUGAAGCAUUGCCACCAUCACAAUGUGUCAUCUGGUCACCUGGGAAACAGCAGUGGUGCAGAGGUCAUCAGAAGCCUGGCUCUGUCCCAGGACUUCCUGUCACAUGCGAAAGAGGUGUACAUGAUUGCUGCAGGAGUGAUCGGGGGGCUGUUUCUGAUCUGCACCGUGGUGAUGGUCCUGGGAGUCAAAGAGAGAGAUGACCCGUAUGCACCAAAGACAGAGAAGCCCAUUCCAUUCCAUGAAGGCUUUGUGCUGGUGAUGAAGCAUGGGCCAUAUCUCAUACUCACAGCAGCUUUCCUCUUCAUAUCCGUGGCCAUCCAGCUGGUGCAGAGUAACUUUGUGCUGUUCUGCACAUACGCAGUCGAUCUUCGAGAUCACUUCCAGAACAUUGUGCUGACCAUACUGAUGUCAGCAGCUGUGAGUAUCCCUUUCUGGCAGUGGUUCCUGCAGAGGUUUGGCAAGAAGACAGCAGCGUUCUGCGGCAUUACGUGGAUCAUGCCCUUCACAGUGAUGCUGGUGUUUAUUCCUAACCUGGUGGUGGCGUAUGUGGUGGCUGUGUCUUCUGGACUCAGUGUAGCGGCUUCACUGCUGUUACCAUGGUCAAUGUUACCAGAUGUAGUGGAUGACUUCAGACUGGCCAACCCCAACUCAAAGGGCCAUGAGGCCAUCUUCUACUCCUUCUAUGUUUUCUUCACCAAGUUCGCAGCAGGGAUCUCUCUGGGAGUGUCCACGCUGUGUUUAGAGUUUGCUGGCUACGAUACAGGAGCAUGCAGACAGCCUCACGCAGUGGCGUACACUCUAAAGCUCUUGAUUGGAGCGGCUCCAGUAGCCUUCAUCAUCACAGGACUAAUGAUUCUGCUGCUGUACCCCAUCAGUGAGGAUGUGAGGCGGCAAAACAAACUGGCCCUGGAUCAGCUCAGAAACCAGACCAUAAACUGCAGACCCAUCAGAGAAGACUUGAACAGCGUAUAGGCUCUUCCAACAGCACAGACUGAGAUUCCAGCUUAGCCCUGGGAUAAGAUGUGUUAGUGUACAUUACACUGUGACAAACCUAACAGAUUAUGUUUUAAAGUAAACAUUUCAUUUUGUUUCUGUAUUUUCACAUGAAAUUGUAAUGUAUCUGCAUUAAAUAUAUAUAUAUAUAUAUAUCAUGCUGUACCUAAUUUAUAUAAACAAAUGUACUGUAUAUUUUUCCCCCUGAAUUAAGCUUUAAUGCAUAUAAUAGGUCUUAGGUGUUAAACAUUGAACUGUUUGAUUUAAAGCUCAAUAAAAACAAUAUACUGGUGCUGGUAAGAAAUGGCUUGAGAGCAUACGUCAAUGCCAAGGAUAACACACAAUGUAGUAACAGGGAAUUAUUGUGUUGAUAAAUAUACAAGACUUGCAACAUGCUAAUGUAAGAAUAAAUAAUUUGACUUUAA